CUGGGUUUGGUCUUGGCUAUCAUCGGCUUUUUGGGGAGCAUCAUCACUUGUGUGCUCCCCAUGUGGAGAGUGACAGCCUUCAUUGGUACCAACAUCGUCACAGCUCAAGCAAUCCACGAGGGCUUGUGGAUGAGCUGUGUGGUCCAGAGUACGAGCCAGAAGCAGUGUAAGGUCUAUGAUUCGAAGUUGGCCUUAUCUCAAGAUUUGCAGGCUGCCCGAGCGCUCAUCAUCAUCGCCAUCCUGUUAGGGUUCUUUGGGAUCCUGUUUGCUGUAGUUGGGUACAGGUGCACCCACGCUAUGAUUAAGGAUUUCUACAACCCACUCUGGUCCGCUUCUCAGAAGAGGGAGCUGGGAUCAUCGCUUUACAUCGGCUGGGGCUCUGCAGGACUGCUGUUCCUGGGAGGAGGCCUCCUCUGCAGCUCCCGUCCUCGUAUGAAUGACACUGACUGUGAGGUUAGGUAUUCCAACCAUCGUGCUGUUUAA